AUGCUUGCGACCGAAUCGGCCGAGUCGAGCUCAAAUUGGGACUUCACCCCGGUGCUUGACCUUCUCCGGUCACCCACCUAUAGUGGCGCGUCUCCUCCCCUCGGUGUUCGCCCCUCCAAAUCCACGGUCCCCACGCCAUGCCCCGAGGGACAGUUGGGGGAAGAUGUCGGAGACAGUGUAGGGAGUCGGACCAGGGAUGUGAACUCCCAACGGAGCUAUCCCCGUCUUGGAGACUUCAGUUCGCUGUGGGAUCUUCUGGAACGAGUCCCAGCUCCUGCGACUGAAACUGCCAUGCAGCAUAGACCAAGUGUUUCUCAGCCGACUGCCGGACCUCCUCCCGCUGUCGCCAUUCUCAAACGGUCAUCCCAGGGUGGAGCGUCUACUGUCCACUCCCCGACCGAACUGUCUUCCCACACUCCUCCCAAACCCAUCCCCAUUUCCGAUACCUCAAAGCCUCGGCUCUCCACAGACACUAUUACCGGUCGCUCUUCACGCCCAUACGCCCAACCCGAAGCUAUCACGAUCCUUAAGCGAGCCUCGGAUCACCAGGCUACCAGCAAGGAUAGCACCGUGGAAUUUAACUCCCCUCGAACUCCGACGAAACCAAUUCCCGGCAGGGAUGGUUCAGAAGACACGCCCAGGGCCAAGCCCAAGUCCCGGGCGGGUGGGAAAAACACCCAAAUUCAACACAGCAAGGAAGCACUCUCAUCGGAAAGCAGUGCCGAGCCGGAUUCUGAUUCAAACACCGUCAUUUUUGAUCCUCCAAUUUCCAAGAAGUCUGGGGCGCUGGCAUUUGUCCCGUCGCAACUGGGCACGUCUGAUGCGAAACUCAGUCAUUAUGAAACCCCGCCGUCUUCAUACGAUGAGUUGGAUUCAGCCUUGAAUUCAGAUACCAUCAAAAGCUUCAAGGCUUCCGGGACAACUCGUGUUCGACCCACCGUCUACAAGUCGGCGUCCGAGCGACGGGUCGGGUUGAUGACCAAGCUCCUUACGGACUUUCCCGAAUAUGCCAAACUUGUGUCUCAAGUUGGGCGUGCUGGGGUCUCUCCCAAGAGCAGCGUUAAUUCACGACCUAUUCAUGUGUUCGUGGACAUGUCCAAUAUUAUGGUGGGAUUCCACGAUUCGGUGAAAGUCUCACGAAACAUCCCCAUCACAACUCGGAUCCGCCGCCUCCAUAUAUCUUACUCCAAUUUUUCUCUGAUCAUGGAACGGGGUCGUCCGGCUACCAAGAGAGUAUUGGUAGGCUCGGACCGACUGCCCUCGAUCGACGAAGCCGAGACCCUCGGCUAUGAAGCGAACAUCCUGGACCGCGUACACAAGCUCAAGCACGCGACUCCUCGCCCACCCAAGACCCGGAAUGGAGGACUUGGUGGACCUGAAACGGUUCAAGCCUCGGGGGAGCGAUGGGUCGAGCAGGGCGUGGACGAAAUUCUGCACCUGAAGAUCCUGGAGAGCCUGCUGGACACGGACGAACCGGCGACGAUUGUGCUGGCGACGGGCGAUGCCGCCGCAGCCGAAUACUCGGGUGGGUUUAUGCGUAUGGUCGAGCGUGCGCUGCAGCGUGGCUGGAUCGUGGAGCUGGUGAGCUUCUCCCAGGUGACCAGCUAUGCGUAUCGAAAGAAGGAAUUCCGGGCCAAAUGGGGAGGUCACUUCCGGAUGAUCGAACUGGAUGCAUACAUUGAGGAGCUGUUUGACUGA